GAGCGCGGGGAGGGAGCGGCCAGGCGGGCGCAGCUGUCCGGAAUCAUGACUGAAGAUGACGGAUUCCGUGGUGGUGGAGGGUCACGUCAAGUUGAGAGAUGGAAAAAAGUGGAAGAAUAGGUGGCUGGUGCUGCGCAAGCCCUCCCCGGUGGCAGACUGUUUGCUCAUGCUGGUGUACAAGGAUAAAUCUGAACGAGCAAAAGGGCAUAAGGAGAGGAGCAGCAUGACCUUAGAAGACAUCUGUGGCUUGGAUCCUGGGCUCUCCUAUGAGGGCUUGAAUCACACACUUGCAAUCAUCUGCCUCUCUCAAGUUGUGAUGCUGGGCUUUGAGAACAAGGAAACAAUGUAUGCGUGGGAUGUACGAAUCCGCUACAGUUUGGGGGAAGUUCAUAGGUUUCAAGUUUUUGUAGCACCUGGCACUAAAUUGGAGAGUGGGCCUGCUACCCUGCAUUUCUGCAAUGACAUUCUCGUCCUUGCAAAAGACCUUCCUCCUAGUGUCAUGGGGCAAUGGAAGCUCUCAGAUCUGCGUCGGUAUGGAGCUGUCCCAAAUGGAUUCAUCUUUGAAGGGGGUACCAGGUGCGGCUUCUGGGCUGGUGUUUUUUUCCUUUCUUGUGCUGAAGGAGAGCAGAUCAGCUUUCUGUUCGACUGUAUCGUCCGUGGCAUCUCCCCGACGAAAGGCCCUUUUGGUUUACGUCCAGUCCUACCAGAUCCAAGUACAAAUCCAGCCUAUUCAGAAGAAAGAUUGGCUCAUGAAGCUUUGCAGUUAGAAAAGCGCUUGAGCUUGCUUUCUCAUACAAGUCGCCAGGGCAGUGGAGGAGAUGAUAGAAGUCUUUCAAGCUCAUCUUCAGAUACCAGCCACUCGGAUGUUAGUGUUGGGAGCAGAUUGACAAUUUGGCCUGAACAGUCUUCAGCCAGCACUUCUCAAGAGAGUCACGGACUGGCAGCGGCAAAAGGCAUUCAUCUUGGGGAAGAAAAGACCCUUCCAGAAGGGGCACGUGGCACCACUAAACCACCUCCAAAGCCCCUCCGAUCCAGACAGCUACAGGAAAUAGGUCGUCAGAGCUCGUCCGACAGCGGAAUAGCUACUGGUAGUCAUUCUUCUUACUCUGGAAGCUUCUCUUCCUAUGCUGGGAGCUUGGACAUUUGCCAUGGUGAUGAGUUUGGAUCGCUGCUAAGCCUGCCAUUGAACUUUCCUUCAGAUCAGAAUCUAUGUACUUGUCCUCACAGUGAGCCCCAGAGAGGUGCGGGAUCAGAGUAUCAGGUUCCCAGCUCUCUCAGGCAUAUUUACGAUAUACCCAGGAGUUUGUUACAGGCAGCUUCUAAAGAUGUGCAACCAAAGAGUACAGAUUCCACACUACCCAAGGACCAGGGCUUGUCACCUCAAGGUGCGAGUGACCCAAAACUGCUACUACCACACUUGGAAGCACGGAGGGUACCUGAGCACAGCCAGGACAGAGGGAGGCCUUCAUCCUUGCUCGCAGAAGGCACCAAGGACUCAAGUGAUGAGACAUAUGUGGAUUUUGUUUCGAGGUGGUCAGACAAAAAACCUCAAGGACAGGUGUCAGACUCCAAAAGUAGUGAGUUGUCACCACCUAGUGGGGCCUCAGCUGACCCCUGUGAGACAUGUAGCCCCCACCUUGGGAUGACAAGAGCUCUUUUUUCAGCUUGUCCAAUCUGUGGUGGACUAAAGGGAACAGCAAUAUUGCAGUCUGGAGUCUUACCAGCUAUACCAGGUGGUGCUUCUGUCAUGGCAGCUUCUGGGUCUUUGAAAGUGCAUAGAGGGCACAGUUUCCAAGCUGGUCCAAAAGGUGGUUAUGAGAUGCUGACACUUCCUGCAGAACCUGGAACUCCUACUAGCCCUGAGGAACCUGAAGGGGCAGUAGGUUAUUCAGCUGAUGUCCCUCCAUCAGAUCGACUCCACAGCGAGACAGCCACCUAUGUUAAUAUUCCUGUCAGCCCUACUUCCAAAAAACAACUUCAUUACAUGGAACUGGAACUCCAAGAACCUAGCACAAGCAUAAGAGGGAGUGGAUCAUCACGAUACGCACAGAUUGACAUUGCAGCCACUGAGACAGCCCACAAAGUGGGGACGCAGCACGCCCAGUGCCGGGAGGAACGCCUGCAGGAGCUGGAGCAAAAGAAGAAAGGGGCUCAGCAAUGACCCAGCCAGGAGAGAACUUUUGGCUCACCAUAAAUUGGUACUAAUUUAGCUUCCAAAAGAACGACAUUUAUUUUAAAAAGCACUCAUACAAAAAACGAGAGUAGCUUAUUGCAUUUAUACCAGAUUCAUUCCAAUAUCUUGAUUCCCAAUUGGAAAGCUGGUAGCAUGAGGGGGGUGCGUGGUCUUUUUAUUUUAAUUUGGUCAUAAUAUCCUGAUUUUUUUUUUCAUAUGCAAUGGCAGAUGCAAGUUACCUUUUUCUAUAAUUCUAAAAUCUUCGAGAACCUGGAACCAAUUCCAGUGUUUAUUAAAUGGUGGCAUUUUCUUUGAAAAUAAAGAACUUGAAUGUGUGCAGAUAAGGGAAUGUGAGUGCGUGCGUGGUAAGUGUACACAUAGGUUUGCAUGUGUGCGUAUGUGUGUAUGUAAGCACACAUUACUGAUAAAAUAUAUGUAUAUAUCUGAGUGUAUAAAAUACGUUAAACCUCUAUUAAUAUAUUAAUGGACUCUUACAAAAGCAAGGAAAUUCAGUGCCUGAUUUUUUGCAGGCACAAUUUUGUUCAAUUUGUAUGCUUAUUUAUGGACAUGCUUAACUUUACCUAUAAAUAAUUCAGUUUUGUACCUCACCAAGAGUUUGUAGCUUUGGCUAAAGUUGCUCAGAUUUAAAAGCUGCAGUGUCAGGGGUGCAUAUGUGUAUGCAUACAGACAAGAGCACACACAAACAAGUUAUUUAAUUUAAUUAUGUCUAUAAAUCAAAAUAAUGCGAAGAGACAUUUUGGGUGCUUCUGUUCUUAAAAACCUGUGUCAAACCAUAGGCUUUGAUUUCAUAGUUGCUGAGUACCUGUAAUUCUUAGCAAUUUUCCUGGAGUUGAAUAUAUGUAUCACUUUGAAAAUCAGUUCUCAGGUUUCUCACACAGAAUAUCAUAAAAUCAAGGUACUCAAAAGAAACACUUACUUUUGAAAAUUGAGUCUUUUAUUUAUAUCUCCAAAACUAUCUCUAUGUAAACCAGCAUCAGAAGCUGAUUGUCUACCUUGAAUCUAAAACUUUCAUUGAAUAAUUCUCUGCUGUCCCUAAAUAGCAUAAAACCAGUUCUCUGUAAGAGGAUGAUGUUUUCAGAGAUGCUACAGAAUUGAGGCACAACAGGAUGUUUAAUUGUAAUAUACGUUUAUCCAGAAGUCUUUGACAUCUUGCCUUUGUACAGUGAGAUUGUAUGAUUCAAAACUUGAAUUAGUUUCUUGUGGUGCACUGUCUGUGUAAUUCUUGUGCUCUACGUAUUUGUCCUGAUAAGAAAUGUUAUUUAAAUGAAAAGUUACAGCAGCGACAGUCCUGUACGUACAAAGAAAACAAAAUUUUGGCCUGCAAUAACAUAUGAGCUUUGGUUUCCAGAAAUUAUCAGGAGUAAAACCUUGGGUAUUAUGAUUUUUGACUGUGUCCUCUUAAGAUACAAUCUCACAGCCCAGUUCUGUUUUUCAGAUAUGCAUUAUAAUUCAUGUUGGUGAGUGGAAGUUUUGUGCCAGUGAGGGUUUCGCUAAGUGACUUAGAAAGAGAGGUGGGCGUUUGAUUCUGAGGCAGAAUUUA